AACAACACACACACACACACACACACACACCGAGCUGAACUGAACUGACUUAACACAGUUCUGCAUUUAUUUCCACACACACGUGUAAGUCAGGGGAUUCGAACCCAGCUCAGUACGCGAUGGCAGCAGCUGAAGCUCGUAGUGUGAUUAUAUACGGAGGGAAGGGAGCUCUGGGUUCUACAUGCGUCCAGUACUUCAGAUCCAGACACUGGUGGGUCGCCUGCAUCGACAUGAACGCCAACGAAGAGGCGGACGCCAACGUCUCCGUCCAGACGACCGACUCCUUCAACGAGCAAGCCGACAAGGUCACGGCCGACGUGGGCGCCCUGCUGGGAGAACGCAAGGUGGACGCCAUCCUGUGCGUGGCCGGAGGCUGGGCGGGAGGAAGUGCCAAGGCUAAAGCCAUGUACAAGAACUCGGAUCUGAUGUGGAAGCAGAGCGUGUGGACGUCCGCCAUCUCCGGUCACCUGGCAACCAAGCACCUCAAGGAAGGGGGGCUGCUGACGCUAACGGGCGCCAGCGCGGCGCUCGGACCCACCCCGGGAAUGGUCGGCUACGGGAUGGCGAAGGCGGCGGUUCACCAGCUGUGUCGGAGUCUGGGCGGGGACAAGAGCGGCCUCCCCGCCGGGGCAUCCGCCGUCGCCGUUCUGCCAGUCACCCUGGACACACCAAUGAACAGACAGUUCAUGCCGGACGCCGACGUCUCCUCCUGGACGCCGCUGGACUUCGUAGCCGAGUUGUUCUACAAGUGGGCGACGGGAGAGGGGCGACCUCCCUCAGGCACGCUGAUGCAGCUCAUCACCACCGACGGCAGGACGGACGCCACGCCUGUGUGACCGAGUGUGUGUGAUGGAGAAUCUACCUUAUAAAGGCUUUAUCCAUGUGUGUGUGUGUGUGUUAAAAUAAUCAAAUAUGAGUUAUGAGCUAAUGCUAUGAGCUAGUGCUAUGAGCUAGUGAGUGGAAUGGAUCGAACCCAGGUCCUGAGGAUACAUUUUGGUGUGUUACUCACACACUUAAUCACAGAAAAUCCGAUUUGAGUGAAAAUCUAAUAAAAUGUUAUAAAAUUUA